AUGCCUCGACUCCUGAGAGAUGUCCUCUAUGUAAUUGAGACAUUCCACAAGUAUGCCAGGGAGGAUGGUGAUGAGGUGAUCUUGACCUGCAGAGAGCUGAAACGGCUCAUCCAGGACCAGUUUGGGGACAUUCUUCAGCCAUGUGCCACUCAUGCUGUGGAGAGAAACUUGAAUCUUCUGGCUAUUGACAGUGAUGGCACCAUCAGUUUUAAUGAAUUUGUUCUUACAAUCUUCAACUUGUUGAACCUCCAUUAUCUUGAUAUCAAAUCAUUACUAAAUCCAGAACCAAGACAAGUAUCUAAACCAGAGGAGAAGCCAGAUAACAUGGAUCUCCAGGCAACCAGCAAAGCUGGCCACUGGACAGAGGGAACUCCACCAACUCAAGAUAAAGUAAUGCUUCAUUCAGAAAUAGUGUCAUCAGCUCAGCUCAGCACUAAGGAAAAGGGACAAAACAAGCUGGACCCACAGGGAGACACCAAGACUCACAAACUGCCAGGUGAAGCAUCUGGGCACAAUGACCCAAAGAACCACCACCUGGAAGGGGAUGAACAGAGUCAGGAAGUGACCCCAGGUGUACCAGCAACAGGAGACAAAGAGGCACAAAUUGAGACAAAUAAGCCAACAGAAGGAUCAGAACAGACCAGCAGUCACACAAAGGGGGAGGAGGGACAAGAUAAAGAGAUUCCCAGGGAAGAAGAUAAACCAGCCAGGGAGCAAAGUGGCACUAAGACAAGAGAUCAGAUUGGAGAACAGGAAGGGAACUUGGGAACCCAAAAUUCUGCAUCAGAAGAAACAACACAGACACUACCUGCAGAUCAGGAAGUUGCAGCACAAAAGGGUGUUAAGGAACACUUUAACACACAAGAACAGCCACUACAAGGAAAAAAUAAACUGAGUUUGGAGCUCAUUGACCUACCAGAACAAACUGCUGCCCAGACACCAUUUGAGAUGCAGGAAUCAAAUGACCCUAAGCAUGACGGUAGAACAGCUGAGACUCAAGAACCAGGAAACAAUGCUGACAGGACACCUCCUGAGACGAAGAACUCAGCUGAACCUGAGGAUGACGGUAGAGCACAUGAGACCCAAGAACCCCCAGCACAAAAAAAAGAAUAUAAAUUAAACAACCUGCCAGUCCAAGGUGAUAGCAGAAAUGUUUCAGAAAUACCUGAUGUUAGAACUGAAGAGAAAGAGUGGAGAGGACCUAAGGCCCGUGAAACAGUAGUGCAGGGAGAAAGUGAGAGGAAUACUCAGCCGCCAGCCCUGGAAGAUGAAGCACAGGAUCGAAAGUAUCAGAAACUCCAGGAAUCAUCAAAAGAAAGGGAUGCUGUAGAAGGUUCUAAGAUACAAGAGUUAAGCUCAGAAGAAGAUCAGAAUCACCCUGAAACUGAAGGAGCAGCCACCCCAGGAGAAGAGGUAAGACAUGCAGAGGAAGGGAGAGCAGAGACACUUGUGAGCAACAAAAAUGACUCUGCAGCAGAAGGGGCAGCAGGAGCAACAGAAAGAAUAUGGGAGUUGUCACCACUUGAGAACCAGACUGGAGGGGAAAGUAAGAAGGUCACCAAGACUCAUGACAAGCCAGUCAAGGAGGAGGAGGAUGACCAGGGGGAAAGUCCUGAGCCAACAGUCACGCAGAAUGAUAAAAGGUCUUCUGAAUCCCCCAACAGCCUGACUCCACAGGAGGGUGACAGCAGCUCAGGAACAAGUGAUCUGUUCCUGCAAGAGGAUUCCCAGAGUCAAGUAGACUCACUCAGAGAAUCUGUACAAGGAAGUCACAAUAAUAACCCAGACACCCAGAAACAGGUAGCACUGGGUGAGAAAAACAGAACUCGGGAGGCAGUUGGAGGAGAAAAUGAGCAGCUCACUGAGGAAUGGGAACAACCUGAAGGAGAAGGGCACAAGAUUCAGCAACUAACGAAAGGCCCAGGCCCAGCUGUGGAGCCCAAAGGACACCCAGAGGCACCAGCGCUCCUUGAAACAGAGAAACUUGUCACAGUAGAGGAAGAGGAUAAAAGCCCCCAACAGCUGACCAGAGAAGUUGAUGACCAACAAAAUCCAGCCAAGAAGAGACAUGAUUCUUCAAUCCUCCAGGCAGGCCUUGAAGAGAGGACUCAGUGGAACCAAGAGCCUUGUUCUGCAGAGACGGGUACAGUGUAUUCCAGUCCACUUUACAAGUACCUGCAGGAGAAGAUACUGCAGCAAACAGACAUGCCCAAAGAGGAGCAUCAAAAUCAAGCUCAGACAUCCAGGGUAUCAGGUCCAGAGCUCUGUGACGACCAGUUCAGCAAGGAGAUCUCAGAUUGUCCUGUCUUUUUCAGCAACAGCAAAGCUUUACAACGGUAUACCAGGGAACUUCUGCCUGGUAAGAAUUCUUCUGAUGCACAGCAAACAUCAGCUCUCCAGGCUUUGGAAGAUAAGUAAGGCCACCCUCAGAGAUAAGGA